AUGCCUCAAUUCGCCGAGCGCGACCUGGGGGAGAGGGGGUUGAGAAGCUAUGGGAAAGGGCUCGAUCUCUCCGGAUACGCUCUCUUCGACCUCUCCCGCGAGUAUGGCAUCCCUCAGUGGAAACUGAAGGACUUGCUUGCUUCACUCAGCACCGCGCGGUACAACAACAUCUUCUUCCGUCAGAACAUCGGCCUGGUCGCGUACGAGCUUUGCAGCUACCGCGAAUUGGAAACCUUUGCGCGAAGCAAGAACUUGAAAGUACCCGAAGGAAUCACUCGGUGGGUGUAUCUCGGCGUCUGGUGCUGGCAAUCAUUUCCCUGCUGACAAGUGAAUCCAAUAGUACGAAUCUCAUCGACUUGCUCUGCGAGAACGAAACAUUCCCUCGCUUCGUGGAUCUUCCGGCGGAAUUGAGGAGCCUCGUUUACCAAGAGUAUUUCUCUUACACUCCGCACUCCGCCAACUCCAACGACCCGGGCUACUUUCGCCGUCCACCGCCCAUCACACAAGUCAAUCACGCCAUUCGCGAAGAGUCCCUCUCGGAAUUCUGGAGCACGCAGAGGUUCCAAUUCCACGUGUUUGGUCAGGGUGGUACCCAACAUCUCAAACUUCCGCAAACGAGAUUCUUCGAGAGAGCGCCCUUUGAGCAGCGACAGAUGGUCAAGAAAUUGCUGCUCGUGCUCACGGUGGAGGCAGAGCGCCCAGGGCGAGGAGGAGGACAUAAGGGCUCCAAAUGGGAGCUCAACCUAGCGACCAAAGGCAGGGCCGCUACCGUACGUCAUAUAGAGGGAGAUCAAGGAGAGCUCAACGGCGUGCUGCUGGGCUUUCUAGACUCGGUUGCCGAGCGUCCAAAUGGAGUGAAGUUGCUGAGUAGUGACUCGACGGCGAUUGCGAAAAUCGUCCAGGAUGAGCUCAGAUCAAGAAAAUAG